CCGGCAAAAUGAGGCCAGCCAUAUUCUCCAUAUCUGUUCUGGCUCUUCUCCCCCUCCCCAAACCUCCCUCCCCUCGAAAACCUUCCUCAGCCACCGUUGCAAUGGUCGCCAUGGCGAAAUCUCUGGAUGAGUCGGACGUCGGAAUCUACUGCUACUCCUCUACUCUACCCGGCUUCAAGGCUAUUAUGAAGCAGAGGUAUUCGGAUUUCAUUGUUAAUGAGGUGGAUCUCGACGGGAGCAUUGUUCACAUAACCUCAUUUGAUCUGCCGCCCGGGUGCUCUGAAGAGGAGGAAGAAAAUAGUACUUCUUUAGCUCAUAAGAGCUACAUAGAUGAAAUUGAAUUGUUUCGAACCCUUGCUGGUGAAGCCAAUGCUGAGUUAUUGAAAGAAUUUCUUCAAAAAGCUGCGGCUACUGUGAAUGAAGAGUUGCCUCCUAUUGUUCUAGCUCCAGAUAGCGAUAAGUCUCACCGUACAGAGGUUCAUAAUUUCAUCAAGAAGAAUUUCAAAUCGCUUGUAACAGAUACAGUUGAUGGAGAGGAUGCCAAUUCCAAAUGUGUAAGGAUUAGAUUCUUCUCUGGCAAAGGUGUAAAGGGUAGAAGAGGGAAGAAGAGGAAAGAUAUGGAGGAUUCAGGAAGGAGAAAUGACAUACCCUUUGACGGUAGAGGUGCAGAUAAUUGGUCUGAGGAGCAAGGGAAGUUCCUAAGGUUUCAUCUUUACAAAGAGAAUAAAGAGACCCACGAGGCCUUGGGGAUUAUUGGAAAGAUGCUAGGUAUCCAGCAACGCUCUUUUGGCUUUGCUGGAACAAAAGAUAAACGGGCCAUAACAACUCAAAGGGUGACUGUAUUUAAGCUGCAUCCAAAAAGGUUAGCUGCUCUAAAUUGCAGAUUGUUUGGCAUUAAACUUGGAAACUUUUGUUAUGUGAAGAAAGGACUUCUUCUUGGUCAGUUACUGGGGAACAGAUUCACAAUUACUUUGAGAGAUGUUGUUGCAGAUUCAGAAGAUGCCAUAAAAGCAGCUGCUGAAGGCUUAAAAAGGAGUGGUUUCAUCAAUUAUUAUGGUUUGCAGCGGUUUGGGAGUGGUUCUGUUCCAACUCAUCUGAUUGGAGCCACACUCCUUCGCGGAGAGUGGAAGACUGCGGUAGAUUUGAUUCUUGAUCCAAGGGAUGGGGAAAGAUCUGCCAUUAAAGAGGCACGCGAGAAGUACAAGCAAAUUGGUGAUGUUGAUUUGAUGUUAAGACAAUUACCUCAUCAUUUGGUUGCUGAGAGGGCCAUUUUAAAGUGUUUAAAGAAAUGUCCGGGCAACUACUUGCAAGCUCUGCUGGGAAUACCUAGGACACUUAGAUUAAUGUAUGUGCAUAGUUACCAAAGUUAUUUGUGGAAUCAUGCUGCCAGUAUGCGAGUAAGAAAACAUGGUAUUGCACAGGUUGUGCUUGGAGAUCUGGUCUUUUGCAAGAGUGAUAAUUUUAAGAAGGUAGCUUCUUUUGAGAGCAUUGAGCCUUCAUACGAAGGUAGUGAUGGAGAGCACACUAAUAGUUUACCUGAUAUAUCUGAUGCCGCACUUCCUGAGGAAAAGGUUCGGCUUGUAAAGACUAUAAAUUCUGAGGAUCUGAUUAGUGGAGAUUAUACGUUUGAAGACGUUGUACUUCCUUUACCUGGAUCAAGGACUAUCUAUCCAAACAAUGAUAUAGCUGAAAUUUAUCUUGAUAUAUCUAAAGAGGAUGGUAUCAGCUUGACAGAAAGUGUUCAUGGUGUCAAGGAGUUCUCUAUUACAAGCAUGACGGGAGACUACCGGCGUGUUUUCCAGCGUCCUAUAGAUUAUAAUUGGGAAUUGCUAACUUAUGUGGAUAACAAUGAGUCCUUGGCAAAAACAGAUCUAGAUUUUAUUUCUGGACCAAAACCCACUGAUUUGGUGACAAACACGCGUUGUAUUAAUACAGGUUCGGAUUUCGCGUUAGACGAUCUGCUGGCCACAAAAUGUGUUGGGUCUGAUGGUUUUGUGUCCAAGGUUCAAAAUGGGGCAAAUGCAACAGUGAAGUGUAAAUUUUCUGCACCGAAGGUGGCCUUGAAGUUAGGCUUUACUCUCCCUGCUUCAUGUUAUGCCACAAUGGCAAUCAGAGAGCUGCUUAAGUCAUCAACUUUGGUAACUUCUCAGAAGACAGCGAACCACUGAUCACAAACCAGGACAUUCAUUCAUAUUUAUGUUUUUAAUUAGUAAGAUUGGAAAUCCGUUUUCCAGACUUGGGUAGCUUUUACGACCCCUACCGCAUUCCCACCCCAUCCCCCGGGGACCGGUCAAAAGCCAAAGCACCGGCCCGCCUGACCGGUCGUGUUCGCGAGGGGAAGCAAAGGGGCAUAACCUUGCUGCGGCAAAAAAAGGGAAAAGAGCAUGUAGGGACCACAAGAGGCUUGGAGAAAUUAAAGAAGGUUUGGAGGGAAAGUGGGAAAGGAAAUUUUUCAAAUGUCAUUGGGAGGAUUCUUUUAAAGGGAAGAACCUAGGAUUUAAUUUUUCGUGCAUGUUUUUGUUUGACUGUUCUUUUCUUUCUUUUUGUGGUAUUCCUAACGAUGUCUAGGGUGUGAGAGAGACGAUCUACCUCUAGAAAGUAGAUCAUGCUUGUAUUUUUCUUAUUUUCCUUUAAUUUUCGUAAGAGCAACCCGUGUUUAUGUUUCUUCCACCUAUCUAUUGUCGUUUCAUUGUGGUUUGUUCGCUGAUUUUGGUUUCGAGGCGUAUCAGUAGCAUACAUGUAAAAAACAAUGUUUAGAUAUUAUAUAUGAAAAAAGAAUUGGAAUUGACUGGUAUAUGUUUAAAUGGUUUGCUUUCACAUCAUAUUAAAUUUUUAGAUGCUGAGGUUACAUUGGGUUUCAAAUAUAAAGAUCGGAGAAGAUUAUGAUUGUCUAAUUGACACUAUAAUAUAUGAAGACUGAUUAUAAUUGUGGGCCGACGCAUCGAGGUUUAUUGACAUAGAUCCACGAAGAUGCAUCAUGAAUUCACCUGAGAACUCUAACUUGAGUUAUUUGGAUGGUUGUUUUCUUAGAUUUUUUAAUUAAUCAACUGUUUCCUUGUUUUAAAAUGUGGACCUUGUAAAGAGUUUCCUAAACCCCUACCCUUAAAAAGAAGAAAAUUAAAGGAAAACUAGCCAUAAACAUGUCACUUGGGCAUUCUUUUUGUCUGUCACCAUUGAUCCAGGCAUCCUUGCUUUGGAGCCCACCUUUCCCGCUAUUGCAGGAUGGGAUCCCGUUUAAUCUACAAUAAUCUCCCACAUAACCCAAGCAGAGCGAGAUCGCUCGAUUUGGGGUCGAAACAAGGAUUUCUUACCUAUUGUUGUUGUCGGUUCUUGUGUGGCCUAAAUUUGAAUUAGAAUGAGGGGUUUUUUUCCUCUUUUUUUUUUGUUUAAAGGACUAUUUAUAUGUUAUUUUUUUGGUUUUACAGACUUGCUAUUGCUAUUGUGUUCGGAUAUUUUAAUCUCUUUUUUAUAUUUUCCAGCGGUGUGUUCUCAUUGUUUUAUAAGUGUUUGUAUUU